ACUUUGCUUCGAAACGUCAUCGCAUCCGUCCAUCUCGCUUCACGGGAAAUGCCAUCUCCACAACCAUACACGCUCCCCGCCGACUUUGCAUCGUCUCCAAAGUCGUCACCAGCAGAUUUGACACCACAGGUUUCGAGAUCCGUGCACCUCACACCAGCCAAGACUCUCUUCGUUGCACUUCGAACUGCGGAUCCGAUCUUGCAGUAUCUCAUUUUUGCAAAAGGAUGGGGAAACGCACUGUUUAGGGUAUUGGGCCUGACCGCCGCGACGCCCGUGAUUGGGAUACUGUCACCCAGACAGAAGCUUUUGGUUGGAUUCGCAGCCGUCGGGGCUGUUCGGCAGAUAUAUUGGUGCCUCCAUAUAAGCGAAAAUGCCUUGACACCCGCUGAAUCGCUCCAUGUCUCCCUGUUCAACCUCCUAACCGAUACGCUCAAUACGCUCGUCUCCCUCUCCGUCCCCGCCUGGCACCUUACACUUCGCCAAUACACCGGUACCCUCCUGUUUUGCAUUGGAUCAGUUGUGGAGACUCUUUCGGAGUUGCAGAGGAAGUGGUUCAAGGAACGGAAGGAAAACAAAAAUAAGGUCGUUACGGAGGGGUUGUGGAAAGGAGCAAGGCACAUUAAUUAUGGGGGAUAUGUUCUAUGGCGAGGUGGAUAUGCAUUAUCUACUGGUAACCUCUACGCUCUAUGGAAUCCUAUCAUGCAUAUCUGGGACUUUACAGCAAGGGGUAUACCGGUUCUGGAUCAUUACAUGAGCCACAAGUACAAGGAGCAGUGGGGAGAGUACAAGCGGCAAACUCCCUACAAGUUAUUUCCGUAUAUCUGGUGAAAUGCUCGAUGAUGCCCCUCCCGUAUCACAAAUUACGGACCGUAGAUGGAGAAUGCACAAAGGAAUCUCAUUCGCUGCAAUACGUCCUGUUUAUACAAUUGGUCGAUGCAAUUACAAUGGCUACUCCAAGAACGGUGUAUAGAAAGGGGCAAUGAAAGAUUUCCCCCUUCCGUUCACUUCUGCCUCCACCCGCUCCAGGUUUUGCA